AUUCAAUAAGCACUCCCAAGGAAGUCCCAUCAUGGCGACGAACGGAUGGAAAGAAAAUGUCGAGGAGACUGUUCGGAAUAUUCCGAGAGAAGUUAAACAGUAUUCAUUCCAAACAGAGCCGAUUCCAAGACUGAAAUAUAACGACCCCGAGGUGGAGGCACUCAUCAGGAAUGAGAGACCUGUGAUUCUAACAGAUACAGACCUUGUUAAAUCAGCCCAGCAUUGGAAUUUGGAUUAUUUAUAUUCUAAUAUUGGAAGUGGCAAACAUACUGUAUAUUCUUCAUUUAAAAAUAAGUUUUUGUAUUAUGAUGAUAAAAAAUUACCAAAUUUUCCUAAUCUUGUGCUUCAAACAAAUCAUGAAGAAAUGACGUUCCAGGAAUUUACACAAAAAGUUAGAAAUCAUAAAACAGGAGACAAAAUUUAUUAUUUACAACAAGCGUUAAAUGAUAGUGUUGGGAAGAGUAUUGUUGUAGAUUUUGUCAAAUUUAAUUGGAGUUGGAUCACGGAACAGCAGAAGAAAUAUAAAUGGGGUGCUCUUACUUCUAAUUUACUGCUGGUUGGAAUGGAUGGUGUGAUAACUCCAGCACAUUAUGAUGAACAACAGAAUUUUUUUGCGCAGAUUGGUGGUUAUAAAAGAUUUUUAUUAUUUGAUCCUUCUAUGUUUGAAUGUUUGUACCCUUUUCCAGUUUAUCAUCCUCAUGAUAGGCAAAGUCAGGUUGAUUUUGAUUCCCCAGAUUUACGACGUUUUCCUAAAUUCCAAGAUUUACGAGGUUAUGAAGCAAUAGUUGGUCCUGGUGAUGUUUUAUAUUUACCUAUUUAUUGGUGGCAUCAGGUAGAAUCAGUACCAAAUCGUGGUAUGACCUUUUCUGUUAAUUUCUGGUAUAAGUCAGGAAGUGAUGAAAAGAUAUCAUACCCGUUAAAACCUCAACAAAAAGUAGCCAUGAUGAGAAAUAUAGAAAAAAUGGUUACAAGUGCUAUUAAUAAUCAUGAGGAGGUACCUCACUUAAUGCGGACAAUGGUAUUAGGAAGAUAUACAUGAAGCGCUACACUGUGAUCUGUUUAUGCCGAAUUAAUUAAACCAAACACAACCUGCAUGAGUAUUGAUUUCCAAAGAAAAUACAAUUUCUUUUCUCUAACUUUUUUUUAAAAUCAUAUUAGAAUAUAACAACCUCUUGGAUAAGAGAAACAUUAAAUACUGUAAAGCUGAGAUUUUCUCUGCAUGAAAUAAUUGCUGUUUUACAGUAUUUAGAUGUAAGAUUAAUUUUAACAAUUGUUUUGUACCUUUGUAAAACAUAUUUUAAAUUAUACAAUUUAUUUGUUAUGUUUCCCUAAUAAAGUUCACACACUAUUACAUUGUACAUUAAUUGGCCACAUAAAAUUUGAAUAAGCUUUAGGAUCAAUGGAACUAUAUUUUAUUAUUUAUAUAUAUAGUAUUUCUUAUAUCAUAUUGAUUGUAUAAACUCAAGUAUAGAUUCAGGAACUUUGAAAGUGGGUGUGUACAUAUGGUGUGUAUGCUAUGAAAUCAUACAAAAUAUAUCACUGCACAUAGAUCUAUCCCUGCAAGUGACAGGGAAUGAUUUCCUUUUUUUGCCUCUGUCCAAAGUACAGCCCUCCCCAUUUCCUCAGCCACCCACCCCCACUUCAAACAUCCUGAAGCUAUGCUUGUAUAUAAUACCAUAAAAGUAUUUCCUACAUAAACAAUUAGAAAAUGACAAUUCGUUCAUUGCUAUAUCUAAUUAUUGUUAUGUCUUUCUCACUGUCACAUUUAUUAACAGUUUUUGAUACUGAUCAAUAAUUUUUUGUAAUGUUAGCUUUUUGAUAUUGUUGUAAUUAUGUUAUGCUUCAUGGCUUCCACUUCCACAAUUUCCAUUUUUAUAAUAAUAUAAGUAUUAAAAAAUGUAUAAGAUGUAGUGAUCCAGCCCCCCCCCACCCUCAAUAAAAUAAAAUGCUUCAUUAAACAUAGCUUAUCUUAAGUAUGCUAUUGAUUUACUAAGCAUCACAACAUGUAUAAGACACAGUGACCCCCCCCCCCCCCCUUUUCAAUAAAAUGCUUCAUUAAACAUGGUUUAUUUUAAGUAUUUUAUUGAUUUGUUAAGUAUUAAAAUACUAAUAGUUUAUUUUAAGUCCCCCCCCCUCCCUCCCACCCCCCAUAUAAAUGCUUCAUUUAUAUAUAGUGUAUUUUAAGGUUAUUAUUGAUUUGCUUCGUAACUUAUUUAUUAAUGGUUAAGAAUAAGAUUUUGGAUUAACUACCAGCAUUUAAAGGGGCACCGGCCCUCUCAAAUUUAUUUUUCGAAUGUGACUUAAUUUGACUAUACACUUCAAUUAAGAAUGGUCCAAUUAGAUCCAUUGCUGUCAUGUUCAUCUUUUAUACUUGUUUCUGCCAAAUACCUUAUUUUAAGAAGUAGGCAAGUGAUUUAAUACAGUAAUUAUUGCCAUAAGCAAGAUAUGAGGUUAUUUAUUCUGAAUAUUAUAUUAUCAGUAUUCAAAAUUAAUAGCAAUUAUUUAUUUAGUUACAGUGAAGAGACAUAAUGCUGACUUAAGAUUAUAGGGAUGAAGCAUUUAAUGAAGAAUUAUCUUUGAUUAGUACUGAAUUGAUUGGUUAACCAGAUGUUUAUAUACUAAUUUUCAUGUCUUAUCUCUAUUUCACCUAACUGUAGAAAAAAAUAUUAAUUAUCAGUACUUUCACUUUCCUUCCAAAUUAAAGUUUUAAAUUUUGAUAAUUAUAGAUCCAGAAAUAUGUUAAGACCUGAUACAACAAUAGAGUAUGACCACAUGCUGCAUGCCUAAUAUUCUGUAAAGUCGGGACCCUGAGCAGAUUUCGGGAAGAAUUAAAAAAUUGGGUGAAAUAAACUUGAUUUAUAAUGCAAACCUAUUGUAGGCCAGCCUGAAACAAGUUUUUGAUCGUCAUUUGAUGUAUUAUGAAUCCCUUGCAUAUUAUUGUGAAAAUUGAAUUUCUAAAAUAUUCCAUAAAUGGUUCAGUUCUGUUCAGUAUUUUCUGACAAAUGAUGAAUUAAAAUUUGUUAACAUUGAGUAUCCACUGUAAACAAUAUAUAGGAUAUAGUCAACAUCAGUCAGCGCUUCCUAUGAUUUUCACUGAAAUCUUUUGAUGGGUGCCUUUUAAAUCCAAGUCAUAGAUUAUCUACCAUUGAUAUUUUGUUUUCUUUAUUAAACAAUCAGUUUGAUUUCAUAUAUGGGAAGAUUAAGCUGUGAAAAAUUUAUAUUGUUUGAUUUACUGGAAAUAUGACGAUCAAUGACUUGUUACACUGUUACAUGAUGAUAGCCGACAAUGACUUUAAACAUGUUACACUGUUACAUGAUGAUAGUUAAUAAUGACUUUUAACAUGUUACACACUUACAUGAUGAUAGCCGACAAUGUGCAAAACAUUAGGCAUGUAGAAUAUGGCUGUGCAUUAUUUGAAAAGUACCAAAGCUCAAUCAGUAAAACCAUUUCCAUUUGCAUCAUACAAUUAAUAUUACAUGGAUUUAUUUAUGUUGUUUUUGUUUUAUUAAAAUAAUGUCUUGCAUGCUACAGUAGGUAGGAAAUAAUCAGAGGUGGAAUUUCUCUAAUUAAGUCACAAUUUGUACAUGUAUUAUAAACUAAAUGGCCUUUUAGUAGUUCUGCGGCUGCUCAUGCAUAUGCCUUACUGUAAAGUCAGUUUUGGGGUUAUUGUUAAUAUUAUUAAUCUUUGCCAUAGCUUUAGACUACUCUAUGACCCAUCACCCACCCAUCCCACAACUAUGUAUUGAUUUUAAGUUGUAAAACUAUUGUAUUUUAAUUCAUUGAUGAUGAACAAAAAAAAUGUGUAAAGUUGAAGCGAACCUGUCAAAUUUUCUGAUUCAUUCAGAUUUUUUAAAGCUUAUUGCAAUUGUUGUGUGUAUAAUACAAAUACCAAUUAUUGGUAUAAAAUCAGCCAAUACCCAACCUGAUACCAAUUUCUAAUGAUCUUUCUUGAAGUGUGUGUCGAUAUUGUAAGAGCAUGCCUAAAUAUCUAUAUUUCUAAUGACUAUGAUUUGCUUUUUAAUUGUCCCCUGCCUACCUAUAUAUUAGGCGUGUCCCUCACAAAUUUUGGACACAGUAACUCUGCUUAUAAUUGAGGUAGGAUGUUUAAACGUGGUGUAGAUGUUCAAAAAGGUGAAUGUCUUGACAGAUGAUGAGCAUUUGCUGCUUACGAUUUUUGUAGGCUAUGGACUUGUUGAGUCCAACACUGAGUGUUUUCUGCUCAGGUUAAGCAGAGUGGUAAACAAUUUGCUUGAUGCUUAAUAAAAAAUAUAAAUUUGCAAGUAAUUAAUGAGUGUCACCUAUUAUUUAGGGAUUGGGGCGGGGACAUCAGCCCCACGGUUGGCUUGUUUUCUUCAACUUUUCCUGUUAAUUGUUAUAUUUCAUAUCAAAUAUGAAAAUGUAGAUAUUUGUGAGCAGAUUUUAUUUUUUAAUUUAUUUAAUUGUUUGUUGUUUUCUUGUUUUUUAAGAUGAAAUGUAAAUAUUUUUAUGAAAUGCUUUUACAUUGUAAUACUUGUUUCUCUGUGGAUUAUUAAUGUACAACAAUCUUUUUACAUUUUUGUACUCUUGUUAAUACAUUUGUAUUGAAGUAAUUUUAAGUUUGGUAAAGGCAUCCAAUACAAAACUAUUGAUUGCUUCGGCAAGACUUAAAAAUAUAAAUCUUUUCCUUGUCUGAUACUUGAAAUAUUAAUGAUUACCCUUUUAAUGAGUAGUAAAAAGUUUGUAUGCAGUAUACAUAAACAAAAUUGUAACAUUUUUCAAUGAAUUGCAUUAGACGACCUAAAUCUAAAAAAAUAGAUGUUAAUAUUGUUCUGUUUAUUCAGUUGGUCGUAGCAUAUGAAGACAUGUUAAAGAAAAGAUAGGCAUGCAAAGCGUGAAAAUAUGCUCACACAGCAGCUAUAUCUCUAAAAAAAUAUUACCACAGAUAGCAGUUUACCAAGUUUUUCUAAGGAUCUUUUAUACCUCCAAGAAUUCCGGAAUGGAAUAGGGUUUAUCUUCACCACACUAAAUUUAAAACAGAAAAGACAGCAUAUAACAGUAUCUUUGUUUAAGAGCUUGUCCAAUUAUCUAGACAGAGCCUUCGCCAAAUUAAGCAAUGAUGCACCUAACCCCACACCAGGCACCUCCCACAUAGAAAAACUCUUUGAUCAAAUUCAGGGGAAAAUAACACCAUUGUGGUACCAUCGCCGUGAACACUACUACUUAUAACGUACAAUUCUGGGACUGAAAACGCAAAAACUCGAUUUGAUGACAGACCAGACCAUUCCUAAUUUGUCAAAACAGUUGAUAUUCUAUCUUUGAUGUUAAAGAAAACAAAUUAUAAUAUAUAAUGAAUAAGCUAUUUUAACAAUAAUCAUAGCAUUAAUUACAUCACUUAAUCAGUGGAGCAGUUCAGUGCUGAUUAGUUGGAGGUCAGAAAUUUAGGGGUUAUAAAAAUUUGUACUCGAAAUGGGGGUGAACCAAUAAGACAUGUCUUUAGAUCAAGAGAAGUGCCGUAAAUAAAUGAAAAUAAAACAGAAUGGAAUUAUGGAAUAAUAUUAAGUGAGGAUAAUAAGAGUUUCACACAGGUUAGCCUUGUCACUGAGCUGGUUUGUCGAAUAAAGCUAUAAAAAAUUCUUUAGUAAAAUGUAUUACCACUUUGAAAGUAAAACAAAAUGAAGGAGGCAAGAAUAUGGGAAUCUUUCGAAUACAAGAUUCUUAUUUGCUAGUCCCAAAAUUUGUUGUUAAUAAAAACGAAUUAUUUUGAGUCAGAUACCAUAUGAAACUAAUAUGGGGAGCAAAAUCGUUAAUAUUUGGGACCUAGAAAUUGACACAAAUGGGUCGCAACGAAUAUAAUAAUGUAAUAUGAAUGUGUAUAUUAUAAACUGAUUUACAUUCAAUCGUUUCCGUUUUACCCUAAUUUCAAAUCAGUUAUAUUCGGCGAAAUACGCCAGAAGUCUCAGUCAAAUAGCAAUCUCCAGCGUCUUGUUAUUCUAGUCUACACUGAUAUAGUAUUUAUUACGCAUGUUCUCUAGAUAAUGGCGUCAUUGUUUGGCUUGGCUUGUGGAAUAUGUCUAGCCUCGUUCUUCGAGUCCCUUGUUUACAAAUGGCACUGAAACGCUUUAUGGUACACGAUUCGUGUACCAAUGAUAAAAUGUCAAUUUUGUCUUAAAUAUUGGAUAUCAGAAGCCCAUCUUUUCAUGGGAAGAUCACAACACCAAUGUUGAUUUAAAUUGACAAAUAAUUCGGGUUUUCAAUGUCGAAGACUUUGGAUGAUGUUGAGUUAAGAAACUUAGCUACUUUAAUAUUCAAUGUAGGUACAGGGUUGAAGUUCUAUAUUUCAAGAUAUCUACUGGUGUGUAAAUGUAAUAUGUACAUGUAUGUGUCAAUAUGGAACCAUUAUAUGUUGUUGAAAUUUUGAUAAAAUCUGGUUGAAAAUCAGACUCACCUGAAUCAUUUUUGUAAUAAAAACCUUAGUAUUA